AUGUAACAGUGGUCAUCUUAUUUUUUUAUAUCUCCUUGCAUUUUGAUACAAAAUAUUAGUAAUUCGUAAAGUGGUAUUACGUGAACAAGAUGAAAAUACGAUCCCACGCACUUCGAGAACGGUGGAAUGCGGCGCGCUAGCAACGAGUGACAUGACGACGCGCAGCAGCGCGACCGCGAUUCGAGCGCGGCGCGGACACAAGGAGCGUUCCAAGAACUUCACGGAGCUGGAGAAGAGGACGGUACUCGAGCUGAUAGCGCGCCAUCGUGACGUGCUGCGGCAGGGGCGCUCCAACAACGCGACCAACCGCAGCAAGCAGCUGGUGUGGUCUACAAUCUGCGAGGAGGUGAACAAGCGCUGCGGCGGCGACAGGCCGCGCACUCCUGCGCAGGUCAAGAUGUGGUACGAAAAUUAUAAGAAGAAGUGUAAAAUGCGCGCACACGACACACAGCCACCACCAGCGGAAGCGCCCGGCCUACUCGAUGGCAUGCUCUGGCAAAGCAUUCACCCUCUAGACGUCAAAGACGAGGAAGGCGAAGCGACUACAAGUGCAGAGGGCGCUCACAGCGUGAAGGACGAUGAUUGUAUACCUGUUAACAUGUCAAAUGGCCGCCUAUCAACGAACGACAGCGACGAUACGAUGCCAAACGUACUCGAGCCCCAGGUCCAAAUCAUCCCGCAAUCUUCCCCCACGCCUCCCCCCCUAAAGUCCCUCCCCAACCCGCAGAUCAACCCGCUCACGCUAACCUCUCACCUCCCCAUCAUAACGAAUCCCCUACAAGCGAUCGAACAAGCAAGAAUUCAGCAGAAUUUUCUACAGAAAUUGAACGAAUUAUCGAACACCCCCUUAAAUCUGAGUCACCUGGACGACGAUAAACGGAAAAACGGUCACGAUAGACAGGAUAAGUCCGAGGAGAUGAAACACGACUACGCUUCAGCCACGGAGGAGGAAAGAUUGUACUUCACGGCGAAACGGCAGCACGCGAUAUGGGAACACGAAGCUAAAAUGAAAAUCCUGAACAUGGAGCUCAGACAGAAGGAGGAAAUAUUUUCAUUGCAAAAGCAACUCUUUCUGAUCGAGUUACGGUUGAAAAUGGACUUCUUGGAAAAGGCGAGCGCGAAGUGAAUCACUCGGUCCUGUACGUACUCUGUCUCUCUCGCGCUGGCAAUGGAAGAGAUGAAUUUCCUAUUGGGAUCUUCUCUCGCGAAAGAGACGACUAUUGAUUAAGGUUAAUUCAAAUGCCAUAGUCCAUACAGUGCCAUCGUAAGGUAAUCUUAAAGCUACCAUUUUUUUUUUUUUUUGAGCUAAGGUGUCGUCUAUUCAGCCCAAUUUUUUUUUUUUAAUAUUAAAUAUUAUGAAAACGUCGAAAUUGGGCAAAUUAUUGCUUGUAAAGGAAAGAUUUAGAAUUAAAGCAGGACAUUUUUGGUGCGAUUUUUUUUUUUUUUAAAUGACUUGACAGAUUUGUUAUUUUUUAAAACGUUUCGUACCAAAUUUGGGCUUCGAUAUGUGAUGUUUAAAGUUAGGGAUACAUUAUUUUUGUAAU